AUGCAUUAUCCACAAUCGAACGAAUUAGAAAGUAGAUUAUCCGAUUAUGGACAAAUUAAAAAGAAAACGGAUAUACUCGAUCAUCAUCAUCAUCAGGGUAACGACGAUCAUAAAAAUUAUGGAGAAGAAGAAAAAACAGGUAAAAGGACGACAUAUUCGGAUCGUUUGUUGGUCUAUAGAACGGAAUUGGAAAGAAAUAAAGAAAACCCAUCAUCCGAUACGGAAUCUGAUAAAAAUAAUUUAAUAACUGAAAUAAGUUCGAGCAUAUCAAGAACGAGUAGUUAUCCAGCAGCAUCACAAAAAAAUGAUGAAAUAAAACUUAAAUUAACAAGAUCGGCCGAAUUAAAAGAAUUAGUCACACAAGCAAUAAAAGAUCAUAAAAUAUUUUGCAUUUUUGAUAAUCAUUGGUAUAUAGUACGUCCAGUUCGUGAAGAAUUAUUAAAUCGUGGAUGGUUGGAAGUGAUACCCGAUAGGAGGCUGGUACCACGAAGAAGACCACCUCCAUUGGGUACGAUAGAAGCAAUUUUGACAGCGAAAGAAACAUUUAUUGAAGAAUUACAAGAAUUAUCAAAAUCAUCAUCGUUUCAAGCUUCUCUCGAUAAGCCAAAACUUCAAAUGAUACCAUCGGUUCCGUCAAAGAAAACAUCAGAUGAAAGUUUAAAAGAAGCAUUAUCAUUAUUUAGAAUUUCACCCCCGGGUUAUGAUAAGAAAAAAAAUAAUUACGAAAUAAGAGAAUUUGUAAGUAAAUGUCAAUCGAUAAAUAAAGAAACGGAUAAAAGGGAAAAAACUAUAAAAAAAUUAAAAGAAAAAGUAACGGAAUCCUCGAAGAAAAAUUAA